GUGAUGACAUAGCUGUUAUUCAGGUUUUCCCUGAUAUUCCCUUGUAAUCAACAAUUACUUCUGUGGACCCAUAUCUUCAAGUAUUUUGAGCAAUGGCAGCAGCAAUCAAAAAGAAACAACCACUUCAAAAUGUAAAAGUAGUGGUUCGUAUCAGGCCACUCACUAAACAAGAAGAAGACCAAAAUGUGAAGAAUAUUUUGAAGAGUCAUACACCUAGGGAAUUAUUAAUGAAAGACAAAAAAUAUACCUUUGACAGGGUGUUCAAACCCAAUGCAUCACAAAUUGAGCUGUACAUGAACGUUGUGUCUCCUUUAAUCCAAGAUGUUGUUGCUGGUUAUAACUGUACAGUAUUUGCUUAUGGACAGACAGGGACUGGUAAAACUUAUACUAUGACUGGAGAAAAAUGUAAUCUUGUUGGAAAUUGGAGGAAGGAUGAUGAUUCUGGAGUUAUACCAAGAGCAGCAUUUCAUAUCUUUCAUGAACUUGGUCAUAUGUCCAAUGUAGAAAUUAAUGUUAAAGUGUCAUACAUUGAGUUGUACAAUGAAGAAAUUCGUGACCUGCUGAGUGAGGAUGAGUGUGCCUUGCAGAUGUACAGCGACACGAAGGGCACCGUCUCGAUACAGGGCCUCAAAGAGGUAUCCGUCCACGACAGCGAGGGCAUCCUCAAGCUCCUCCAGCGUGGGAUCGUCAAGCGUCAGAUAGCGCCCACGCUGAUGAACCACCAGAGCUCGCGGUCGCACACCGUGUUCACCAUAUCGGUGAAUACGCGCGAGAGCACUGCGUCCGGUGAUGAUAUUUUGAAGGCGGGGAAGAUCAAUUUGGUUGAUUUGGCGGGGAGUGAGAACAUCGCUCGGUCUGGUUGUAUGGCUAUGAGGGCUACUGAGUUAGCCAAUAUUAACAGAUCCCUAUUGACCUUGGGCAGAGUGAUCCAAGCGCUGGCCGACAAGUCGCAGAAGCACGUCCCGUACAGGGACUCGAAGCUGACACGCAUCCUGCAGGACAGCCUCGGCGGCCACACGAAGACCGUCAUCAUUUCGACGGUGUCUCCUGCUCACACCUCGCACGAGGAAACGACCAGUACGCUGGAGUACGCGACGCGGGCGAGGGAUAUCAAGAACACGCCGAUCAUCAACGAGAAGAUGACCAAGCACGAGAUGAUCGACGGGCUGGUCAAGGAGAUUGACAGGUUGCAAAAGGACUUGGACGCCGCUAGAUCCGGCACUGGGUUCUACGUGGACAAGGAGAACUACCAAAGACUGCUGGACGCCAUCAUGUCGGUGACUGGUGAGCAAGUUACGCACGAGGAGCUCUCGCACAAGAAGGCGGAGAGGAUCAAAAACCUCGAGGAGCACAUGCAAGCCAGAGUGCGACAGUUCGAAGAAACGGUGGAACUCUGCAAGCAGCACCAGCACGACCUGGAGCUGGCCAAGGCGGCCAUCAAAGAAAAGGACGAGACGCUCGAGCAGGAGCGGUAUUUGGCCAAGUGGUACGAGGACCAGUCGAGUGAGAAGUACGAGGAGGCGCAGACCCUCCUCAAGGCAACGCAGACGUUGACAACGGAGAAGGAGAUUUUGUUGGCCAAGCUGGAACACCAGUUCCACAUCAACUCGUCGAAUCAGAGCGUCGCGCAGACGGCCGUCUCGCACGUGGUGGAUUUGCUCAGCGAUUUCGGCAAAGAGGAGACGGCCAGAUUCGAAGGGAUAGCCAAAGAAAAUGCGGAACAGUUUAGGACGUAUCUGAUCGGUCUGACGGACGAGUUGAGACAAUCUUCUGGGUUAAUGAGGGAAAUUCCUAGCAGGGUGCAGCAGAACAGCAAGAAUAAUUUUUCGGCCCAAAAGAUGAUAGGACAGUAUUCGAAGAAUUAUCUGGAAGUGAUCGACGGAAAGGCGGCCCUCUUGAAUGGUGUCUUCGACCAGUACAAGAAACGGGUGGAGUAUUACAGAAAGUCGGUGCCGAAAUUGGCGGACGAGUACAGGGUGAAAACUGAAAACAUCUUUGGAGCAGCCACCAGCAUGUUGAAAAGCUCCAACGACACUUUCAAAACCGCCCUGAGCGAGACCAAUCGAAAGACCCGCGACGAACUCGAUUCCGUGAAAAAAACCAUCAACGACAGAAAACUUCAGGACGAGGAGAGUCUGCGGCAGCUGGAGUUUCUGGUGGCGGCGACGAAGCGGCGGUUAGAGGAGAAUGACGUCAUUUUGGAGCAAGUGGAGCGGUUGAGAGAGAACGUUUCGGAAGCGGAGGAAAGCGCGAAUCGGCGGAUGUUGGAGACGAUGAGCGGGUUGGAGCGGCUCGCGCUCGAGUCCAUCAAGUCGUUCAAGGAUUCUGCGGAAAUGGUACCGAAUAUGGAAGAAAUUCAGGGCAUCGAAGUCAGAGAUGUGCUUUGUACAGUUCAGGAGUUCCAUCAGAAGCUGCAUCAAAUUUCCAUCAAUUUGGAUGAAACCCAUCAGAACAUAACGAAAGACCGCCUCGCCGACCUGCAGCGCCACAUCUCAGUGGCCUGCUCCCAAAUCGAGGCGGCGAUCGACUCGAAAGUCGACCGACUGUUGGGCGACGUCGAGGCGAUGCGCGGCACCACUGACCGCUUCGUCGCCUCCUUUGACACGAUGGUGGGGCGCGUGCGCGGCGCCAUGGUCGAGCAGAUGCUCGAGAAGAACGUGCGCGCGAAACAUGCGGGCGACACGCCGGUCAGGCAGUCGACGGUGUUGCCGGUGCGGAUAAAGGAUCCGGCGCCUAGGGAGGCGUUGCUGGAGAAAUUCCGGCAGGCGAUGGUGAUGCCCAAAAUGGAGGAGGAGUGGGAUACCAAUGGAGAUUCCAGCUAGAAAAUGAUGAAAUUUCGCUGGUAAUAUAGAUGAUGAACAAUGACAAAACGUGUAAUAAUUGUGUAUAAAGGUGUCAUGUCAUAUUUUCAAACUCCUGGGAUAUUUAAUGUAACGCGUUUAGAACUAGAACAUUCACAAUUACUAUUUUAUAUUGUUUAGUAAUAUUGCAUAAUUUAGUUGAAAAUAAGUUGAUUUCUUUGAUGAAUACCCUGAUUCACUGAAUCGUAAAAUGUCUUAGACAAUUUAGAUCUUGUGUACAUAACACCUUCAUCCACCUUUUUAUCCAACUUUCAAUCAACAAUGUUAUAUGGUUUAUCCUGCAUUGAAGAGUCAUGAUGCUUGUUAGCUUGAAUUUUUAGUUAAUAGAUAUGUGAACUGUAUAUUGAUAGGUUUAAUGAAUUUUAUAU